AUGGAUGUCCAAAGCACCAACUUCGCCCACAAUCAACAACAACCAACGCAACACAGCGCCACCGCCACCAACCGAACAGCUAACGAGGCGUUUGCGGCUGAUGUCGAAUUAGCAAACACGGAAUACAUCAACUACUUAAAACAAAUGAUCUCCAGCCUCAUCGACAACCAGAUGACACUUGCUGCAGCGCUCGACGAAACUAGGGAAGCGUCCUCGUCCACACAGGAGGUACAGGUGCUUCAAGAAGAACUGAGUAUGUGUCGACAGCGCGAGGCUGAAGUUACUCUGGCCUAUGAAGAUCUGCGAAAUCGCGUCGAGGCAAUCGACCAAGUCAUUGAACAGAUACCGUGGUUGGAUGUCCUCUUUAAUUCCGAUGAGCCGUUGUCUGCACGGUUAAAAGCCCUCAAGAGCGAGAAACCGACGUUAGACGACGUUUCCAUUAACAACACGACAGUGUGCUACGACGAAGAAGAUGAGGAGGAAGUACGGGAUGAAGAGGAGGAUGAAUCGACGCCGAAUCAUCGCUCGCCUGAACACCACCGCCAACGCCAUCUCCACACGUGGAUUGGCGGCCAGCGUAAUGGACAACUCGACUCCAAGCGCACCAGCUGUGAUUCCCCGCUCAGCGACAGCGGCUGCACUUCGGAGAGCCACGACGAACUCUCCCUGGCGUCGCUCAACAGCACUCACAGCAGUCCUUACCUCUCGCAGGCACUGACUGACGCCAACGCGUCACAUCGCACUAAUCUGGGGCGAAGUCUCUCUGUGAUUGGUCGGUUCGAUCGUCCACAGCAGCAGCAGCAGCAUCCAGUCGUUAGAAUGAGAAACUCAGCAUGUGGCAAAAAUCCGACCCAGCGACCUAUUUCUACGUUUGGUAGGCUCACAAAUUCCCUCAAGACCUCGAUUUCCCGAUUCGCCGAUAAGUCAGAGUGGAAGAUGGAGGCAUUGGUUGCCAGGCAACGAGAAGCGCGUGCUUUGGUUCUGCUCAAUGAAACACAAGCCGAGAUUCGAAAAGUGGAAUCGCGUUGCACAGGUCUCACGCGGCGGCAGAACGAACAGGAGCUGCGAAUGAGCGUGAAGGAGAACGAGAUUCAGCGCCUGGUGAACCAGGAACGUGAACUGCGUCGCGAACUACGCAACUGGCAACAGCGAGUCUUCCAGUUGGAGUCAGAGACCCAGGAAAUCAAGCACAACAGCCAGAUAGCCGAGCUGGAAAUGCGGUCGCACCUCCUCGAAGCCAGCAUGCUUGCCUCCGACGUGGCAGCUCGAUGCGCCACGCAGAAUCCCGCGUCGCUCUUCAACGAGGACCUCCUUCGCUUCAAGUCCACCGAGGACGCCACGCACUCGGAGGAGUCCGAAGACGCCUCACGACCGCCGAAAUUUGCCAGACCCUCUGCCCGCGGCAGACCGCGUUUCUCAUCGGCCUCUAGUCUCUGUCGAAUGCCGUCUGCAUCCACUGGCCAACAAAAGGCUGUGUCAACGAUUUCUCGUCCGUCGUCAACCCUACAUCUCAAUCAACCCACGAACGCAGAGCAGAACUGUCGAAAAAGCCUCCACGCAACGCCGUUCGGCUCGCUCUCUGAGCUCAAACUGAGGGCGGACGUUUGA